AAGAUAUUAUCACAAGUCUCAGACCACAGCGCUCUUACCUCUGACAUAAAACUCGCAUUAAUGGUUUCCAGCUCCACCACUACCAAACCCGCCUCCAACGGAGAGGCGGAGACCGAAGAGAGAUGCUCCGUGGAGGAGGUGGCGCUGGUGGUGCCGGAAACCGAUGACCCCACUCUCCCCGUCAUGACAUUCCGUGCAUGGGUCCUGGGCCUCGCCUCAUGCAUAAUCUUGAUUUUCCUCAACACCUUCUUCAUUUACAGAACGCAGCCCUUGACCAUCUCGGCCAUUCUCAUGCAGAUUGGGGUGCUGCCAAUCGGGAAGUUCAUGGCCGCUACGCUGCCCACCAAACAGUACACGGUGUUUGGGCGGUGGAGCUUCAGCCUGAACCCCGGUCCCUUUAAUAUAAAGGAGCAUGUGAUUAUUACGGUUAUGGCUAAUUGUGGGGUGUCGAUUGGUGGUGGGGAUGCUUACUCCAUUGGUGCCAUUACUGUGAUGAAGGCUUAUUAUAAGCAGAGUGUGAAUUUCCUCUGCGCCCUUUUAAUUGUCUUGACCACUCAGAUACUGGGAUAUGGAUGGGCUGGGAUGUUGAGGAAAUACUUGGUGGAUCCAGUUGAGAUGUGGUGGCCUUCCAACCUCGCUCAAGUUUCUUUGUUCAGGGCACUUCAUGAAAAGGAAACCAAGGCACAAGGCAUGACAAGAAUGAAAUUUUUCCUCAUUUUCAUGGCAGCAAGUUUUGCCUACUACCUAUUCCCUGGAUACCUAUUCCCAAUUUUGACAUUCUUCUCUUGGGUAUGUUGGGCUUGGCCUCAUAGCAUCACCGCGCAGCAAAUUGGGUCUGGUUACCAUGGGCUCGGUGUGGGUGCUUUCACACUCGAUUGGGCAGGGAUUUCAGCAUAUCACGGCAGCCCAUUGGUGACACCGUUUUCUUCAAUUCUGAAUGUCAUGAUCGGCUUCAUCAUGUUUAUAUACAUCAUUGUCCCUAUAUGUUACUGGAAGUUUAACACUUUUGAUGCCCACAAAUUCCCCAUAUUCUCGAAUCAGCUGUUUACUUCCAGUGGACACAAAUAUGAUACUACUAAGAUCUUGACCCCACAGUAUGAGCUCAACAUUCCCGCCUAUGAAAAAUAUAGCAAGCUCUACCUUAGCCCUCUGUUUGCCCUCUCUAUUGGAUCAGGAUUCGCAAGAUUUACAGCAACACUCACGCAUGUAGCAUUGUUUCAUGGCAGUGAUAUCUGGAAGCAAAGUAAAUCUGCUGUGAAGAACGUGAAAUUAGACAUACAUGCAAAACUGAUGAAAAGUUACAAGCAAGUGCCUCAAUGGUGGUUCCUCAUUUUACUAGUAGGCAGCAUUGUCUUAUCCCUACUGAUGACAUUUGUGUGGAAAGAGGACGUGCAGCUUCCGUGGUGGGGGAUGCUCUUUGCGUUUGGUCUAGCUUGGAUUGUUACACUCCCUAUCGGGGUCAUUCAAGCAACUACCAACCAGCAACCUGGAUAUGACAUAAUUGCACAGUUCAUUAUCGGGUAUGUUCUUCCAGGAAAACCCAUAGCAAAUCUGCUUUUCAAGAUAUAUGGUCGAAUCAGUACAAUUCACGCCCUUUCCUUCUUGGCUGAUCUUAAACUUGGUCACUACAUGAAAAUCCCACCACGAUGCAUGUACACAGCUCAGCUGGUGGGAACACUAGUUUCUGGCACAGUCAACCUUGCAGUGGCAUGGUGGAUGUUGGGAAGCAUCGAGAACAUCUGUGAUGUCGAGGCAUUGCAUCCAGAGAGUCCUUGGACGUGUCCUAAAUUCCGAGUGACCUUUGAUGCUUCUGUCAUUUGGGGUUUAAUUGGACCUGAAAGGCUGUUCGGGCCUGGAGGAUUGUACCGCAACCUGGUUUGGCUAUUCCUCAUAGGAGCCGUCCUGCCAGUUCCCGUUUGGAUACUGAGCAAAAUCUUCCCAGACAAGAAAUGGAUUCCCCUGAUUAACAUUCCAGUUAUCUCUUAUGGUUUUGCUGGAAUGCCACCGGCCACGCCCACGAACAUAGCUAGCUGGAUCAUCACUGGAACCAUCUUCAAUUAUUUUGUUUUUAAGUAUAGGAAGACAUGGUGGCAAAGGUACAAUUACGUUCUAUCAGCUGCACUGGAUGCUGGAACAGCUUUCAUGGGUGUUCUGUUAUUCUUUGCUCUGCAGAAUGAGGGCAAGAACGUGAACUGGUGGGGAUCCAAGCCGGAUCAUUGCCCGCUGGCUUCUUGCCCUACAGCACCAGGUAUUGCAGUUGAAGGGUGUCCCUUUUUCAGGUGAAAAAGUGGGAUUGGUGUUGGAACAUUUUAGGACUGAAAAAUGUACUCUAAGCAAAACAAAGAGUGAUGCUGAAGCUAAUUAUAAAGUAACGAAUAGCUUCCGAUUGUUGUAAAUCCUUGGUAAAUCAAAGUGCUAGAGCAAUUACUCAAACUACCGGCCGUUUCUUAAAUAUCAUGAAAUUGAUGGAA